GCCGUCACUCUGUCUUCGCCCGCCCAGAUGCCAAAGCCACUAGCCUUUAAAGUCUAUUCCCUCAUCUUCUUCCCCUACAUCUCUGUCUCUCGCUCCCUCUUUCUUCCGCCAUGACAAUUUCUUCAGAACCUUCUCAAAUUCAUCCAACAAACUGACAUUCGUAAACGUGUCUGAGCUCCCGACCACGAUGGUUUCUCUGGGAGAUUCUCAUUCCAGUUCCAACCGUUUCCCUCUGACCCGAAACCUGUACACUACGAAUUCACCCCGAAACCGGAACAACGGCCGCUCCAUGCGCACCAUACGGUCCAACGUAUUCCAAAGAAACGAAGAAGAAAGUUGCACCUUUGUCUUUGAUGAGAGAUCCGUGUGCGGGUCCGAGAACCUCAACCUCACUGACUCUGGCAUCGACAUGCGGCUCAGCGAGCUGGCGCUACGUAAAGGCAAGUCUGUGAAGUCCACCUCGUCAUCGGAGGAGGAGAUAAAGGAGUUUCUAGAUCUCUCUCAUGCCUUCAGCGACCUGUCAGUGUGCAGCAGCGACAUCUCCGGCGAGUUGCAGAGGUUGGCGGGGUUGCCCACGUUGUCCUCGGAAAACGAAAACAAUGGAGACGCUGAUGCGGCGGAGGCCGAGCCUUGUUUGGGGUUUCUACAGAGGGAGAGCUUCUCCACGGAGAUUAUCGAGAGCAUUUCGCCGGAGGAUCUUCAGCCGACGGUCAAGAUCUGCGUAGACGCUCUGAAAUCGCCGUCGAUCGCGGUGAAGCGGUCCGCAGCUGCCAAGUUGAGGCUUUUGGCGAAAAAUCGGACCGAUAACCGGGCUUUAAUUGGCGAUUCUGGUGCGGUUCCUGCUCUGAUUCCGCUCCUCCGUUGCAGCAGUGACCCAUCGACGCAGGAGCACGCUGUCACGGCUCUUCUCAAUCUCUCCCUUUACGAAGGCAACAAAGCGUUGAUCACAAAUGCAGGCGCGGUCAAGUCCCUGGUGUACGUGCUUAAGACCGGGACCGAGAACUCGAAACAGAACGCGGCGUGUGCGUUGAUGAGCUUGGCUUUGGUGGAGGAGAACAAGAGCUCCAUUGGAGCCUGCGGGGCGAUCCCGCCGCUGGUGUCGUUGCUACUGAAUGGGUCGAGUAGAGGGAAGAAGGACGCAUUAACAACGCUGUACAAGCUCUGCUCAAUAAGACCGAACAAGGAGAGAGCGGUGAGCGCGGGGGCGGUGAAGCCGCUGGUGGGGCUGGUGGCGGAGCAGGGAACUGGGAUGGCGGAGAAGGCGAUGGUGGUCCUGAGUAGCCUAGCAGGAGUCGAGGAGGGGAGGGAGUCCAUUGUGGAGGAAGGUGGGAUUGCGGUGCUGGUGGAGGCGAUCGAGGAUGGGUCGGUGAAAGCGAAGGAGUUCGCGGUAGUAACGUUGCUGCAGCUGUGUGCGGACAGCGUAAGGAAUAGAGGGUUGCUGGUGAGGGAGGGCGCUAUUCCUCCGCUCGUGGCUCUUUCACAGACGGGAAGUGUUAGAGCUAAGCACAAGGCCGAAACACUUCUUGGAUAUCUGAGAGAACCAAGACAAGAGGCAGCCUCUUGAAGUCCUUAGGCGAAAUAACUUUUACUGUUUUAGCAGAGGUAAUUACAGUGAGAGAGGUUUUGCUGUUGAUGUGUAUAUAUGGAGUGCCUUUUUGUGAUAUGCUGUGUACAGAAUGGUUGAGAAAUUUGGGGAUAUCAUUUGUAGAAGGAAGAAAAUUAGGGAAAGCUAGUGUGUGACUGACCUUUAGAUGUAUGUGCUUAACUAGGUUUUUGGAUUUCAUUUACCCUUUCAUUAACAAUGUUUUUUUAGGGGUGGAAUACAAAUUUGCGUUUUGGGUUGUGCUCCUUGAGUCUUGUUUGGGUGACCCAAGUUUUUUGAGAAGGUUUUCUGAUGUCUGGGUUUGUGUAAAAACUGAAAUAGAGUAUGCACCUUGGAACAUUUUAUUAUUUUUUC